UUGCUUUUGAGUCAGGAGCUGGCAGUAUUGACACCAGCACACAUUUUUUAAAGUCUUUUUUUUUUUUUUUUUACUUUUGUAUGAGGAUUCUACAACCCUAAGGGAAAAAAGUUGCCACAAAGUAUCCUGGUCUUUCAUGGUGUUUGAUGAGUCACUAAGAUCUAUACUCUAUUAUCAGCAUUGGCUAAUACCGACAGAAAGAAUUUGGACUUCAAAUUUAAUCAUAAAACCAAAGCCCAGUGUCUGCUUCUUUCAAAGUUGUUGCAGCUUCAAUGCACCAUCUAACUGUAAUGGAUUCAAAAAUACUAAUGAUUUGCUUUAUGUGCUACAGGCGAAAAAGUUUGCUACCAACGACUUGGCUGCUUUUCAGAUAAACAGCCAUGGGCUGGAAUACCAGGGAGAUUUCUGGCAGGUUUACCCGACUCUCCAGAGAGUAUGAACAUCAGCUUCACCCUUUACACUAAAGAAACUAGAAAUAACUCUCAAGUGAUCUCUGCAAUACAUCGCUCAACUAUCAAAGACUCACAUUUCUGCUCACAUAGGAAAACUCGCUUCAUUGUUCAUGGAUUCAUGAGCACUGGAAAACAUGGCUGGGUGGUAGAGAUGUGCUUGCUGCUAGUGGAAGUGGAAGAUGUGAACUGCAUUGCCGUGGACUGGGCAGAAGGUGCAAAAGGCAUAUACAUCAGUGCAGUGAACAACAUCCGUGUUGUUGGGGCUGAGAUUGCUUAUUUCAUAAAUACUCUUAUGAAAAUGUUUCGAUACUCCCCUUCUCAUAUCCAUAUCAUUGGCCAUAGUCUGGGUGCACAUGCUGCAGGAGAUGCGGGAAGAAGAAUACAAGGCAUCAAAAGAAUAACCGGGUUGGAUCCUGCUGGGCCCUUUUUUGAAGGCACUCCGCCAAAAGUCAGAUUGGACCCUACGGAUGCAAGAUUUGUUGACGUUAUUCAUAGUAAUGCUGCCCAACUUCCUACUGUAGGAGUUGGAAUGGCUCAAACCUCUGGCCACCUUGACUUUUACCCAAAUGGAGGAAGUAUUAUGCCUGGAUGCGAUGAUGUAAUUAUUCCAGUGACUAAAAAAGGUUGGAGCCACAAAAUAUCUAUCAAGCUGUCUGGCACGAAGAAAGUGAGGGGGGAACUAAACAUAGUUUUCCAUGGCACAGACAGGUUCACAAAGCAGUACCAAAUUAUCUGUGGACUCCUUCAUCAAGGUAGCAUUUAUACAAAGUACGUCGAUGUUGAAAUUAACCCUAGAAAUAUUACGAAGAUUGAAUUUCUCUGGAAUAAGAAUAUAUUGACUCUGCUUUGGGCCCAACUGGGAGCAGAAAUGGUCCACAUAAUCAAUGAAGAAGAUGGAUGUGUGUAA